AUGCAGUCCCACCUGUGUGAAACAGACGUGAACUCCUGCGAACCCCGGGCCCGGCCACAGGAGGCGCGCCCCGGCUCCCGGCCCGCGGGUUCGUUCAGAAGCCGCCCCCGACUCGGGGUCGCCGCGGAGCCCACGGGCGCCACCAAGUUCACACCGUGUUUGCGUCUCCCGUUUCUGCUGUUUUUCGUGCGCGGGAUCACGGCGGCGCCAGCCGAGUUGGUCGAGGGCGCGACGCCGGGCGGAGGACAGACAGCUGCUCUCUCGCUUUCCUACAAUUUCUCCAUCACAUCUCAGCCCAGGCCUGGACCAUCAUGGUGUGAGUUUCAAGGCCAGGUCAAUGGAAACGAGUUUCUUUCCUAUGUCUGUGGGAGCAAGGAGGUCAAACCUGUUGGUCCUAUGGGGAUGAAGCUUAAGGACACAGCAUUUUGGGGCACACAGAUGGAACCUCUGAAAGACCUGGGGGAAGAGCUCAGAAAGAAACUACUGGACAUCAAAACAAAAAUUUUCACUAAGAGCGAUUGUCUCACCAUGCAGGGCAGGCUCAUGUGUGUGCGUGGGGCCCAUGGACACACCAGAGGAUCCUGGCAGUUUGUCUUCAGUGAGCAGAUCACCUGCCUCUUUGACCCAGAGAACAGAAAGUGGACAGUGGUUCCUCCCGGAGGCCAAUGGUUCAAGGGCACGUUGGACAGUGACAGAGAGCUGACCAAGCUCCUCAUGGGGACUGCAAACGGAGACUGUAAGAGCUGGCUCCAGCACGUAUGGGAGCACUGGGAUGAAACACAGGAGACCACAGUGCCACCAACCACACAGCAAGACUCAGCCCCGACCAGGAACAUCAGGAUGGUCAUUGUGAGCUCUGGAGUCACUGUUGCCAUCGCCAUUGUCAUCAUUAUAAUUUCCAGAAUCAUCAAAAAUCAACACCCUGCGUGGAACUUCUUUAGAAGGACAGGCUUCCAAGGCUACCAAGAAGCCCCUGAGAGUGGGGACUAGCUCAGAGACUCUGCUUCUGGGCCAGCUGCCUUUGGAUGAGCUGCUGUUCAUCAUUAGACCAACAGCACUUCUAAGUUUACAAUUCCAGAGACUUCAGUCCAAUGACCUGGUGCAGGACACAGAACCUCCCAUGUCCCUUCUUGCAUUUCGUGCCUCUCCUGUUCAGCACUUUCCACUGGCAUAUUCUAUGCCGUUUCCUGCUGGUGCUAAGUGAUGGAAUUCCUUCACUUAAAUUUUAGAUACUUGACUAAGGAAUCUCAACAAAGGGAACAUUUUCCAUCUUGUCCUUUGGUUGUGCAAUAUCGGAUCCUUCUCUGUAAGAGGACCAUGUCCUUGCCGACAGUCAGUACAGGUCACAGCCACUGCCACGAGGACAGGGAUAGACCCCGUCUAUUGUUUGAAUAUUGUUUGAAGCUAUAAAUGAAAAAGAUAUUGUUUGAAGCUAUGGAACUUCAGGGAUUUUUUUCUGUGUCCUGAGA